AUGGCUUCAAUGGACCAACAAUUCGACCGCUCCGGAUUCUCGUUGUUUCCCAUGCCGCCUACGCCUCCAAACCGGCCUCGAGCUAGAGCAGUACGGCAGGACCACCAACGGACGGCUGGCGAAGAUCUGAAUAGUGCUCGGUCUCACCAAAGGCACUCGGACGGCCCAUCGUUGAAGCCAGCUCCGCUGAGAUUUCGAAAGAAGCGGCCAACGUCGAUCCAACCGCCUGUGCCGACUACAAGCAAAUAUGUGCCUGAGAAUGACUAUGCCUCAGUCGCGCCAUCAAGCCCAACGAUACCAUGGCCUCAGCUAGUCCUAGACGAGCAUGAGGAACAGUGGCCGCUUCAACCGCCUUCCUGUUCCCUCGCUCCCAGCCAACGGACCUCCUCCUGCAGGAGCAGUCAGUUCUUAGGCCCAGAGGGAGAGCUGGACCGGAAGAAGCUGUCUGUUUACCUCAGUGGGGUACUCGAUACGUCGUUUAGGGUCGACGUGGACUCGGUCGACGACACACCCCUUCCAUUGGAUCACGCCGAACGCGUAUCGUACGCGUCCAACGACUGGCGAGCUUCGUAUCAGUCCGAUCCAUUUUCCACUGCGAACAUUGCUGAUUGCCAAUGUCCUCCCGGGGUCGUCAUAUGCCGAUGCUGUUCGUCCCCCGAGUUUGAGCAUUUCCGACGUGGUCAUGGCGGCCACAAGCCCAAACCAAGCAUCAGCUCCACGACCUGCUUCCUUGCAGUGCCGAGAGCACGGUUCCGCUCCACCCUGGUCGACGUUGAGGAGGUGGACACACCCUCCUCUCCGCCACCGUUGAUGUACGACUCUGAAGAUAGUGAGGAACUCGAUUGGUCGCUCCCAAAUUCGCCAACAUUUGAGGAUCGCCGACAACAUUACCAGCAAACCCCGACUCCUGCUCCAAGACCAAGGGAGCCACACACCGCACGGCCUCCCGUCCCCUCCUUUUCGUUGCCAUUUUCACGUGGCAGGCAGAUCCGGCCAAAGUUCCACGAUGACCGAAACUCCAUGCCAUGGGAACAGCCGUCGCCUUCUUCGACCAUACCCACGCUGGCUAGCAUUUCGACGGUCUCCACCUUUACAUUUGAUUUUGGGGACGAGGACGACCAAACCGAGUAUGACCCGUUCGACGACCACAGCGAUGUGAGCGAGAUCAGAACUUGGGAGCCAAUACAGAAAGCUAAACCAGUCUUGGUUCAUUGCAAGGGCCCAUCGCCCAUUUCUAUCAAAUAUGGUCAUGACUAUCAUUACAAAACCCGCGACGCCGGAUAUUAUUCAUCCACCGACACCUUCGGGUAUGCCACACUAUCUGUAUCAUAA